AUGAAUUUACUCGAUUUACCUGAUGAAGUACUUUUUUUCAUAUUAAAAAAAAUGAAUGUUGUUGAUACAUUAUACCGGCAAACUGGUGUUCAUAGUCGACUUGAUCAAUUAUUGUUCGAUCACAUCUAUGUCCGCGAACUUGAUUUUACAAUAAAAUCAUGGAAUGAUUCCAUUUAUCCAAUCAAUGACUUAGUAACUGAUCGAAUCUGUGAAAAAUUUUUGCCUCAUAUUAAUAAUAAAAUCACCAAAUUUAUUCUUGAACCUAAUGCAAUUGAACGUGUACUUCGUAUUGUCAAUUAUCCAAAACUGUCAUCUUUAUCAUUAAUGAAUUUUUCAAAAAAAAAACUUAUUCAAUAUCUCACAGAAAAUUCUAGUCUGAUUAAAUUAAUGAAUGAACAAAUUACACAUUUGAAUGUUUAUAUCAUUGAUGAAAUAGACAAUGACAAUGAUGAGCUAAAUCUAUUAGAAUUAAUUUUAUCAUUGUCGAAAUGUUUGAUCGAUUUUACUUUUCAUCAAUCAAUGGAAUUUCUUAAUCGAAAUCGUUCUAUUACUGAAUUAUCAUCGACAAUUUGUUCUACAUUGACAAAACUAGAUAUACGAUUGAAUACAUUUGACGAAUGUCUUUUUCUUUUUGAUAAUCGUUUUCCAUUAUUAUCUCAUUGUUCUAUUUGUAUUGACAAAAUCUUGUUAUCUUCAUCAUCUAUCGAUAAUAAAACAAAAUUAUUAAAAUUGAAAUAUUUCUCAUUAACUUUAUAUCGCGGAACAAAUACCUACGAUGAUGUCAUUGUACUAUUUCUACAACGAAUGUUGAAUUUAGAAGAACUUCAUUUAUUUUUAACUGUUUCAAGACGAGAUACAUUUCGUAUUGUCGAUGGAAAUGAUCUUAAACAGAAUAUAUUAAUUCAUCUUUCUCAAUUGAAGACAUUUCAUUUCAGUAUCUAUACUUAUCUUUAUCAAUUUAUUAAUCGAGAACCAAAUAACAAUGAUUAUUCUUCUAAUAAUGAUAUUCAACAAAGUUUCAUUGACACUAAAUUGGGACAAGUUGGAUCUUAUGUUCAUCAUAGUUCAUCAAAAAACAUAUAUAGAUGUCAUGUCUAUUCAAUUCCAUAUAAAUUCAAAGCAUUUAUGAGAUUGAGUAUUUCAUUUACAGGUGGCAUCUUUACGAACGUUCGAAUAUUAGCUAUUAAUGAUAAUAUUUCUUGGAAUUAUCAUUUCUUCCAUAAAGUUAAUCAAAGUUUUCCAUUUAUUGAAACAUUAAUGAUAUGUAAUUCGUUACCACAAGAAGAUAAAUCGUUAUUAAAUAACAAUUUUGAACAAUUUCCAAUUGUAACAUUCAAUCGACUACUUAAUCUUCAUAUUUAUGGUUUACAUAUUGAUUAUAUUCAACAAUUAUUAUUUAAUCAACAUACACGUUUACCUUGUCUUGGUCAACUUGAAAUUAAAUAUGAAGAAUUAGUUGAGUUAACAAAUAAUUUUACAAAUAAUCCAUUGCAACUCAAUUGUUUACAAGUACAAAAUUUGAUCAUUAACGAAUGUUUUGUUCGUCCACAAAAUUUUUCUCUAUUUUUUCCUUUGUUAUAA